UUUCUCUUGUUAAGGCUUCAGAUAAUAUUCUGCUCAAUUCUGAUCUGCCUCUGACUUUUUGUCUUCUUCGGAAAUUUAUGCUCACUAUUUUAUGUAUCACACCGAUUCUUGAUUUACCUUAAUUUAAUCCAAAAUACACCAUCAAAGCAAGAUGUCAAUAAAUGGUCAGGUGCUGUGAUUUUAUUUUAUUCUUCCUUGUCAUCACUGCAGGCCAGCGGUCAGGUGUCUUCCUUUCAUAUAGACAGAGGCCCCACAGUUGUACCUCUCACCAGUACAAUGGAGCAGCGCUGUUGAGCUGUCUUCAGGUCCUCUGCCAGUUUCUGAGAAAACAAACUUCCUCUCUCUUUGCUGCAGACCUGUGCACCAUGGACAGUACCCCUGGGGCUCUUACUCCCCCGCCGAAGAGCGGCGAAGAAGAGGAGGAGCCGGCAGAGCCAGAGUCCAUCGUUGACACGAUGAAGCAGAAGCAGCUCCUGGCUGUUGAAGAGCUCCUUUCCACUGAAAGAAGCUACCUGAGAAUGCUGCAGCUGUGUGCUGUGGUCAUCAGAGGACAUCUGAAGCAGCUCCAGCCACCCCUGGGGAACGUGGAAGGGGUAUUCUCGAAUGUGGACGAUGUUAUCGAGGUGUCCAGCUGCCUGCUGAGCCUCCUGGAGCAGAAGGAGCCCACUGACCCAGAAUUCCUCAGUGCUCUCUGCAGUGCGUUUCUCAGUCUGAGAGAGGACAUGGAGAUGGUGUACAGGGAGUACUGUGCCAGCUACAACACCAUAGUGGCCAUGGAGACCAGCUUCAGGCAGAGAGAAGGCCUGUGGCAGGCGGUUGUGAACACAAUAAAGACGUCAGCCCCGGACGUCAAUGCCACCUCCCUGACGUUCUUCCUGGUGAUGCCGGUCCAGCGGAUCGCCCGCUACCCUCUCCUCCUGCAGACCAUGCUGAAGCACACGGACGCCCAGCACCCGGCCGCCCCCGCCCUGCGGCAGGCAGCGGAGGCCGCCGUCGCGCUCAACUGCAGGAUAAACGAGUACAAGCGCGUCCGAGAAGUGGCUGACAAAUACAAAAGAACAGAGAACCUGACAAUAAGAGACAAAAUUUCCAGACUCAGCGGACACAGUAUCGCCAAAAAGACAGCCCGAAUGAGCCAGAUGAUCAAACACGAAACUGGCAUUAAACCCAAAAUUAGAGACGAGGAAUUUGAUAUCUUGGAAGGAUAUUUCUGUGUCCUUGAAAAAGGGAUUAUAGAACUGCAUGAAAAUGUGGGAGCUUACCUCAGACACCUCCAGAAUUACCUGAGCUUUCGCCCGGAGGAACGGGAGCUGGAGCUUGACCACGUGCGGGCGGCACGCUGCUACAAAGAGGUCGCGGCACCCCUGCGGCAGUGGAUGUACCCCGCCUUCGAGGGCCGGCUGCAGGCCCUGGUCUACCGGCCCCUCUGCGCGCUCAGGGAGCUGCUGGCCGGGCCCCGCAACCUCAUCCGCAAGCGGCUGCACAAGCUGCUGGACUACGAGCUGCUGGAGGAGAAGCAGAGCCUCAGCUACGAGGACGAGGCCGUGGCCAACACCUACAGGACCCUCAACGCCCUGCUGCUGGCCGAGCUGCCCAAGUUCACCGCCACCACGCUGCAGCUCCUGUGGGGAGUGCUGGGGGCCUUCAGCUGCAUUCACAGAGACCUGGCUGAAGACGUAGCGCAGCUGGCCGGCGGCUACCUGCCACAGCUUCCCCACAGCCAGCUGGAGCCCAGUGCCUUCUGGCAAUGGGCGGAGGAGUCCGUGCUGCAGGGGGCCGAGAGUAUGGAGCGGCUGUGCCGCAGUGUGGCCGAGGAGCUGAACGACCCUGUUGUGCAGCCCCUGAGCCCGUCCUUUCAGAAGCGACUCAAGGUUCUGACCGACAAGCAUGGCGUGGGGCGCAUCUACCAGCUGACGGGCAAUGUGGGGGGCACCCGUGAGCUGGACCUGACCCUCCAGCGGGGGGACCUGGUGGCGGUGCUGGGUGAAAUGGACACCAGGGGGGAUCGCCGGCGCUGGCUCGUGGACGCCGCAGGUCGCAGGGGGUAUGUCCCAGCCUCAAAGCUCACACCCUAUCACCAGGCGACACAGGCCUCAUCCUCCUCUCCAUCCCCAGCAUCACUGCCGCAACAUCUAGCUCCCGCCAUGGGCGGAGCCGAGUUCAGAAGACACUCCUUCUCCCCAGCCACCCAGCCAAUCGUCAUCAGGACUCCGCCCUGCCUGCAGGUGUGCGCGGGCUACGACUUCGCGGCUCGCGGCCAUCACGAGGUGAGCCUGCAGGCCGGGGAGCCCGUGAGGGUCCUGGAGCCCCACGACAAGCGGGGGAACCCCGAGUGGAGCCUGGUGGAGGUGCGCGGCCAGCGGGGGUACGUGCCCUCCAACUACCUCACCGUGCAGCUGCCCGGCCCCGCCAUCCAGCCGGCGCCGCCGGCCACCUAGAGCCGCCCGCAGCCCCGAGCACAUCACUCCGCCUCCCGCCCCCUGCAGGCCCUUGGCUCGGCUCCAGACUCCCCGCUGCCCAUCGCAACGGCCUGGGUUUGGGGGAGCCCUCCCCUGUAAGAACAUCUGCGCCCACACAACUGCAUUCCUCUACCAAACAUGGCCGAAUCUUCACGCGCCGCGGGCCCUUGGCAUCUGGAGCACGAGUCCUCUCUGGCGGAAUGGAUGAUCCCCAACUGUGAAGCGAAGAGGAAUAGAGGAAGGGAUCGUAUUUGGUUUGGAGGAAUGUUUAAAACCCCGAAAUCUAACAUGGGAAUCACCGCUUCCCAGGAAGAUACGCAGGUAGCUACCCGAUUUGACACUUAGGGACUUUUGUUCUCAUUGGAAGUUGAGAUCGAAGCUGGUUUCGCCCAGGUGAGGUCAGGCAUGUGUGGCUCAGCUGGAGAAGUUCUGUGUGGACCCCAGCACCUGACUGUUUUUAUUGCUGUUCUACUCUGCUGUGUGUUGCACACAAGAUUUGCACAUCUCAUGUUUUAAAAUGAAAGAGAAGAUGUUUGUGCUUUAUAUGCAGUGUAAAGUGUUGUAGAAUUUUUAACUGGAUGAUCACAUGGUGAUUCAACCCUGCAGAAGAAGACUGACAAAUACUGAGUUGCAUAAUUAGGACUAAUUUGAACUGCAUGAAAAUGAAGACUUUCAUUGCCUAAAAAGCUGCUUCUGUUGCUUACUCACAGUGUAAAGAAAUAGUUGGUAGCAAGCUUUCAAACAUUUUGGAAUGUAUGUGGGAAGGAUUUUAACAACUCUGUUGCGAGAACAAUGCAGUUUGUUAAUUAUGCAAACUAAUUUGCAUAUUUUUCAUACAUUGUUCUUCAGUUUCAGUUGCCUUUACUAACCCUAAACAGCAGGGCUGAAAUCACUGAUAAACCGCUGGUAAUUCAUGCCAAACUAAUUAGUAAACUGAUAUUUAGUUUUUGCAACAAAUAGAGAUGGAGGAGUGCCUUUUUCAGUAUGGUUGGCAUUUCAUUGUUGGAAUCAUGUAUUUUAACUUUACAAUUGAAUGUAUUUAUUUGUGUACUUAUUUAUUUUAAAAUAAGGAUUUAAGUAAACAUGACUGAUCUCAAUUCCUUGCCAGCAGUUUCAAUUGUCAUCACUUAUAGUGAGGCCCAAGCUUAAACCCCUGUUGUCAAUUGCAAAUUGGAGACCUGAUACUGGACAGCAGCUUUAUUUGGGAGGUACAGUGGGUAAAUGCAGAAAUUCAAGCAAAGCCAGAAUCUUAGCCAGCUUUUUGUUAGAAGCUUUUAAGGAAAGGUUUCUUGUUACUGCUCAAUGGAGUUCUGUCGAUCUUGGGGGGUGGGUGGACUGAAGACAUUGAAAACUGCUUUCAUGACCAAAGGUGCUGGAAUUGAAUUUUAGUUUCAUGUUGCAGCUACUGUAUGUGAAAAGAUCAUUAUUGUGCACAAGACCAUGCUAUACCACUUUCUGUGGUGUUGCACUUGCUCCUUUGUGUGCUUGGUCUUCUGUCUCGCUUAUGUUUUACUUAUCUCAGGAUGGCUAGCUUUAUGAAACUGAGGAUUGGCACACUCAUCCAGGGGUUUUGUUUUUUUACAGAAAAGGAAGUGAACCGGUGAAUCUAGAAAUAAAUUCUAGAACAAUAUAGAACCAAGUCCAAAAAGAAUCCGGAAACUCCUGAAUGGGAAAAAUUGUAAAUAUAAAUGCCAGGUGGAAUACUGCUGUUGUGCUCCUGACUCAAUAUUCCCCGCUCAAAUUUUUCCAGAAAAAGUCACUAGACAGACCACACUGCCUGCCAAGGAGGUUAUUCACAGACAGGCAUCCUACUUUUUUGUGAACAUAGCUGUACAGUGUAUGAGUGGGGGUGUAUUUAUAAGAGUUGGGGAUGAUCUGUUUAGUUCUGAGUUGUAUAAAUAGCUUCGACAGUAUUCAAUGUAGUGUCUGCCAGGGAUGGAAUUGAUAAUGGUCAGUCCCAACCUGUUUAUUGCCGGUCCUUCAGCCGAUCUUACACAACCUCUUCAGAUUUAACAAUGUGUAUCCCCUGUGAGACUGGGAACAUCUCUGGUUACUAAUUACUUUGCUGACUAUGGCAGACAUCAGGCUCACUCUGUGUCUUGGGCAGUGUGCUGUUCAUGCUGUGGUCUGCAGCGUCUGGAGGGUCUUUUAAUCACAAUUGAACACGGAGGCUCAGGAGAGACACCAGCCGGGGAAAGAGUACUUACUGCUCCAGGCCAGUAGUUCUCUCCUGUUCCCUGCAGUUUGUCCCUUCGCGUUCUUGAUGGGGAGCUGAUUGAUUUCAGUUUUCCAUCUCUUAAAAAAAAAAAAGUCAAAUGGGAUCAAAAAUGUAAUCCAUUUCUGAGUUUCAGAUUACCCUUUAUUCAUGGGUGUUAGCUGACAUACUGUAUAACCACGUGGUCUUCUGCUGGCUCAUUGUGGGAGAGUUAGAUGUACAGUUUCGUCACUCCCACCUGUGUUAGUCCACCACAUUCUGAUCCCCUGCUGGCCGCUGUUGAGGAGAGGCCGCAGAGCGCUCUGCAUGCUGACGUUGUCAGAAUCACAAAGUGCUGAAGCAGGUAAACCAAAGUCCAGACAUGCAAGCCAAUCAAUGAAAGGCUUCAAUUAGCACUGGCGAUUAAGAGCUCCACUGGAAAUGGGAGAUCUUGGGUAUUCAAGGGGCAGUGUGUAAGCAUCUUAAAAAAAAAACAACAACAGAGGGUCAAAGCCAGCACAGGAGAGUUUUAACUUCAGAUUUUCAUUGCUGCUGCCCUUUGGCCUUCUGCCGUUCCAUUAGAACGGUGGUCUUGAGUGAGGAAGAGUCUGCUUUUCUCUGGAAGGGAGAUGGAGGCUGAACAAACCUGAUGGUGUUUAUCCAUGUUUCCCGAUGACCCGGGCUUCCCUUACUCCUCCGACCACCAGACACAGUACUGGACUGGGGCUCUGGGCUCCCCAGCAAGGCGGUGCACCUGUCCUGCUUUAUAUACUGUAACUGCGUUGCCAUGGCAAGUGAGAGCUUUUGUUCUCUGAAACAAAGAAGUUCUUUUUAUUUCUGAAAGUGUUACAGAUCUGAGUUACAAGCACAUGAUAGCAGUUACACCCUUCAUUCAGUGCUUAGGAAAGCACAGACUGUCUUUGUCGCUUAACAUAACUAACAGUGUUAUCUUAUAAUAAUCCAUUAUCUUGUAAUAAUGACCGAUGAUAGAUUUUAGAUUUAAAUUAGUUUUGUGCUAAUCGUAGAUUUGCCUUCAUUUCUAGGAAAUUGAUAGUGUGACAGAUCCUAAGGCUGCUUUAAGAACCCUCUGUUUUCUUAACACAUUGUGUGAUGCUUUGUCUUAUGACAAACAAGUUAAUGUAGCAAAAACAUUGUUAAACCUACUGUACACACAGUACUGUAAGUGUCCUAUUCAAGUGACUAAAGCCACAAAUGGCACCCUUAAAGGAGUCAUUGCUCGCUCUGCUUAUUUAUGAUUCAGUUUGCAAAAAUAUUUCUGUAAAAUCUCUUAGUGUAGGGUAUACUUAAAUUUUAAAGAGAUUUAUGUAUUCAGAUAACCCAUGCUGCCUGUCCAACAUCGGGUGUUUUUGUGCCAAUGAAAGGUGUUCAAUAAAAGUUACAAACGCA